ACUAGCUACCUUUAGCGAUCACAUACAUACAUUCCAGUUUCAGUUGCAGCCGCGAUACCAUCCCCACCCCUCAUCACUGCGCAUCGCAUCGCUCGAGGUCGCCAGAGGGCGGCGUGAGACACUUCACUUGGUUCAUUCCAGCCAGCAUUUCCUUACUACUUAUCCAUCUGCUUUUGCCAUAUUAUUCCUACGACCAUGCCUGCCACGCCAACAAACCCGACGCGGUCCGUCCGCUCCUACGCAUCCACACCUUCCCUCCGAUCGCGCGAUGGCCCCAGGAUGGACGGAGGAGGAAAUGUCCGCGUCGUGGUCCGCGUCAGGGCCUUCCUGCCCCGAGAGCUGGAGCGGGACACCGAGUGCCUCGUCAAGAUGGACCCAAUCAGCCAGCGAACGACACUGAUGGUGCCAAUCGAGACCGACCCUGCGAAGCCCAAGUCCCGCAGAGUGACAGAGCAAAAGUCAUUCACCUUUGACAACUCGUUCUGGAGUCACGACAGGAGAGAUGAGCACUAUGCGGAGCAGGCCGAUGUUUACAACAGCCUGGGAGAGGAGUUUCUGGACCACAACUUCGAGGGCUACCACACGUGCAUCUUUGCCUACGGGCAGACGGGCUCCGGCAAAAGUUACACCAUGAUGGGCACGCCGGACCAGCCGGGUCUGAUCCCUCGCACUUGCGAAGAUUUGUUCCAGCGCAUCGAGGAGGCACAAACGGAGUCGCCCAACAUCAGCUACAACGUCAGAGUGUCGUACUUUGAGGUCUACAACGAACACGUUCGCGACCUGCUCAUGCCUGUCGUGCCAAACCAGGCGCCCUACUACCUCAAAAUCCGCGAGUCUCCAACCGAGGGUCCCUACGUCAAGGACCUGACCGAAGUCCCCGUCCGUAGCAUCGACGAGAUCCUGCGCUACAUGAAGCGUGGUGAUACCUCGCGAACAGUCGCCUCCACCAAAAUGAACGACACGUCGAGCCGAAGCCACGCGGUCUUCACCAUCAUGCUCAAACAGAUUCACCACGAUAUGGUGACGGACGAGACAACGGAGCGCAGCUCGCGCAUCCGUCUUGUCGACUUGGCAGGCAGCGAGCGUGCCAAGUCGACCGAGGCCACGGGUCAGCGCUUGCGUGAGGGUAGCAACAUCAACAAAUCGCUGACAACACUGGGCCGCGUCAUCGCCGCCCUCGCUGAUCCCAAGCACCAGAACGGUGGGAAGAAGAAGCGCGGCGGUGGCGGCGAGGUCGUGCCGUACCGUGAUAGCAUCCUCACCUGGCUGCUGAAGGACUCUCUGGGUGGCAACUCCAAGACGGCCAUGAUCGCUUGCAUUGCACCCUCAGACUACGACGAGACGCUCUCGACGCUGCGGUACGCGGAUCAGGCCAAGCGGAUCCGGACACGGGCCGUGGUCAACCAACAGGACAGCAUAUCCUCGGCUGAGCGUGACGCCCAGAUCGAAGCCAUGGCGGAGGAGAUCAGGCUACUGCAGCUGGAUGUUUCGGACUCGCGGCAGCGCGAGAAGGAUGCGCGGAACCAGGAGGAGCGCCUCGAAGAGUACCAGCGCCACGUCGCGGCAAUGCAGCGUCUCAUGGAGGAGCGUAGUCUUGUGGCUGAAGGCAAAAUCCGCUCGCUCCAAACUGAGAACGAGGCUCUGCGGCUGCAUCUCAAACUUGCUCUCGAGAGCCUCAAGAACCCGAUUCCGGCGGUUCCGAUCAGCAGGAGCGGCAGCGAAUCACGGCGAAUCUCUGCGGUGUCUGAUCUGCUGGAGGCUGUUGGCAAUGAGGACAGGGGCCAUCUGAAAAAGCCUGCUGAAGUGGACGAGGUGGACGAGGAGAACGCUGGAAGCGACGGUGGCGCAACCUACUGUGGCGAUGACGACGACGACGACUACUCCACGGACGCGUUCGAAAAGGGCGCCGAAGAUAUGCACGAGGAAAUGCAGAACCUGCUACAGGACCUCGGGUACUUCAAGCGCAAGAUCCUCGACGACAAGCAACGGUUCUCCUCUCUCGGUCACCAGGAUGUCAAGGCGACGGUGUGAUCCCAGGCUUGGUUGGCGAGGUUGGUGUCCUCUGUUGCGGUUGGAUUCAAGUGUUUCAUGCGUUCAUGUCAUUUCCUGAUACUGUCUGGCUUUCCGUCUGCUCUGGGUAUGUUCGCGAGGCGUUGGAGUUUCGCAGCGCAGUUUUCAGCUCUCACGUGGAAUUCGUUUCUUUUUUUUAUAGGAUUGCCCAUCAUCUGGCACAGUGAACAGGAUGUCUAAGAUAAACUCAUUGUUACAGACGAGUAGCAUGCCUUCAUAUUCAAUAUACCGCACCCGAUUUACCGGCUACCUAUCUGCAGCCGCUGGCAA